AACUAACUACGACACAGCAGGAAGGGCAUGAUAGUAAUUUCAAGAUCCGUCUUUUUGCUAUAAAUUUAAUUUCAUUGUCGUUCAAUCAAUCUCCAUCACCUUAUCAUUUUUACUACCGUUUUUAUUUUUCUUCACCGGAGUUUGAUCUAUGGCUGAGAAGAGUAAGAUUCUGUUCAUCGGAGGCACCGGAUAUAUAGGAAAGUAUAUUGUGGAAGCGAGCGCCAAAGCCGGUCACCCUACUUUUGCUCUAGUGAGAGAAUCCAGUCUUUCUGAUCCUGCCAAAGCCAAGAUCAUUGAUCAUUUCAAGAGCCUUGGCGUCAAUUUGGUCAAUGGUGAUCUAAACAAUCACGAGAGUUUGGUGAAGGCGAUAAAACAGGUGGAUGUAGUGAUCUCUACUGUAGGUCAUUUACAGUUGGCUGAUCAAGGCAAGAUCAUCACCGCCAUUAAAGAAGCUGGAAACGUGAAGAGAUUUUUUCCUUCAGAGUUUGGAAAUGAUGUGGACCGUGUCCAUGCUGUUGAGCCAGCAAAAACAGCAUUUGAAACCAAGGCUAAAAUACGCCGGGAAAUUGAGGCUGCAGGAAUUCCUUAUAGCUAUGUCUCAUCCAAUUUUUUCGCAGGAUACUUCCUCCCCUCUCUGAACCAGCCUGGACUUACAGCUCCUCCAAGAGAUAAAGUUGUCAUCCUAGGUGAUGGAAAUCCAAAAGCUGUUUUUAACAAGGAAGAGGAUAUUGGCACCUUCACUAUCAAAGCUGUGGAUGAUCCAAGAACCUUGAACAAAAUCCUCUAUAUCAGACCCCCAAGCAACACCAUCUCAUUUAAUGAACUUGUUUCUCUUUGGGAGAAGAAGAUAGGCAAAACCCUUGAAAGGGUCUACGUUCCAGAGGAGCAACUCUUGAAGAAUAUCCAAGAAAGUGCACCUCCAGUAAAUGUGAUUCUAGCAAUCGGACACUCGGUGUUUGUGAAGGGAGAUCACACCAACUUUGAGAUUGAACCAUCAUUUGGAGUGGAAGCUUCGGCGCUUUACCCUGAUGUGAAAUACACUACCGUGGAUGAGUACCUGAAUCAGUUUGUUUGAUAACACAGGACAUAACUCAUCAUCUUAAUAAACGAUCAGGGAUAAGAUUGGAACUUUAGUUAAAACUAUGUUUAUGUUUUACAUUCAAGUAACUUCCGUUCAUUUACAAAUUUAAAUUGUCUUGGGGAAUGUUGACUUUGUUUACAAAUGAUCAAAAUUUGUAUAAUAAAAAUUGAAAUGAAUUAUAUAUUUUAAGUUAAA